AUGCCAAACUACACGGAUUACUUAAGGGAGCUCUACUACACUCCCGGUAAUCCGGGGGCAUAUGGAGGUCCCGAAAAAUUGUAUCAAGUCGUCAAACUGGAAGGCAAAUAUAAGAUUGGCAGACAAAGAAUAAGACAAUUUUUAAACAACGAAGACUCUUAUAGUCUGUAUAAACCUAUUCGUAAGACAUUUCCGCGCUCAAAAGUGAUAGUGAACACAAUUGAUUCUAUGUGGGAUGGUGACUUAGCCGAUGUCAGUAACAUUGCAUCCCAUAACGACGGUUACAAAUUCUUAUUAGUGCUAAUAGACAUUUUCAGCCGAUAUCUAUUUAUAGUUCCGUUAAAAAAUAAAAGUCAUCAAAAGAUCAUCGACGGUUUAAAAUCGGUUUUCCAGAAAGGACGAAAACCACACACUCUCAGAACAGAUAAGGGUAGUGAAUUCAAAAAUCGUUGGGUAAAAACAUUUCUGAAAAGAGAAGGAAUUAACGUCAUAUACACUCAAAAUGAAACAAAAGCAAACUAUGCAGAGAGAGUGAUUCGUACCAUGAAAAACCUUAUGUAUCACUAUUUCAUGAAAAACAAAACUUAUCGUUUUGUGAAUGUGUUACAAGAUUUGGUGAAAAGUUACAACGAUAGACCCCACAGGUCUUUAGGCGGAAAUGCUCCAGUCACUGUCAACCAGGAAAAUGCUGAUGAAAUCAGACUAGAGGCUUAUCUGUCGGGUAAACCAAAAUCGGACAUGACAGAAAAUAAUCGUAACCAGCUUAAGGAGUCAAACAAAACAAAGAAAAAAAGAGUUAAACCAUUUUUCAAGUUAAAAAUUGGAGAUAAUGUCAGAAUAUCACAGCUUAAACACCCUUUCCAAAGAGACUAUCAGCAAAAAUGGACAGCAGAAUUUUUUAAAGUGAGUGAAAGAUACAAAAGAGGCCAAAUACCUGUAUACAAAGUAAAAGAUUUGGCGGACGACCCUAUAGAAGGCACCUUCUACGAAUCUGAGCUUCAGAAAGUCAUGAAGUCAGAGGACGUAGCUUACAGAGUGGAAAAAAUUCUAAAAAGGAGGCGUCGUGGAAAAACCAAAGAAGUGUUUGUAAAAUGGGAAGGAUGGCCAAAGAAAUUCAAUUCGUGGAUUCCAGAGAGCUCUCUAGAAAAGCAAUAA